GGAUAUUUGUUCAACACAGCUGGCCAGCUGACGUCACACAGGGAUAUUUGUUCAACACAGCUGACGUUACACAGGGAUUUUUGUUCAACACAGCUGACGUCACACAGGGAUAUUUGUUCAACACAGCUGACGUCACACAGGGAUUUUUGUUCAACACAGCUGACGUCACACAGGGAUAUUUGUUCAACAGAGCUGACGUUACACAGGGAUAUUUGUUCAACACAGCUGACGUCACACAGGGAUAUUUGUUCAACAGAGCUGACGUUACACAGGGAUAUUUGUUCAACACAGCUGACGUCACACAGGGAUAUUUGUUCAACACAGCUGACGUCACACAGGGAUAUUUGUUCAACACAGCUGACGUCACACAGGGAUAUUUGUUCAACACAGCUGAUGUCACACAGGGAUAUUUGUUCAACACAGCUGACGUCACACAGGGAUAUUUGUUCAACACAGCUGACGUCACACAGGGAUAUUUGUUCAACACAGCUGACGUCACACAGGGAUAUUUGUUCAACACAGCUGACGUCACACAGGGAUAUUUGUUCAACACAGCUGACGUCACACAGGGAUAUUUGUUCAACACAGCUGACGUCACACAGGGAUAUUUGUUCAACACAGCUGACGUCACACAGGGAUAUUUGUUCAACACAGCUGACGUCACACAGGGAUAUUUGUUCAACACAGCUGACCAGCUGGUGGUUAAUUGA